AUGCCGGCCUAUCAUUCCAGCUUCCUCAGUGAUACCGAUGUCCGGAUAAUAGGAAACUUUGGCCUCUUACCUCUCCGGACUAGAACUCGUGGCCCUGCCUAUACACUUCCGUUACUCGGGCCUGAAGAUGACGAGAUCCAUGUCGAUCCAGAGUCGGAGUCUUACGAUAUCUUGGACGAAACUUUAGUGCUAUUCAGGGCAAAUACUCUAUUCCGAAACUUCGAGAUCAAGGGACCAGCCGAUCGGGUGUUGAUCUAUGGUAUCUUGUUUAUCAGCGAAUGUCUGGGGAAGAUCAAGCCGAAUAUGUCCGGAAGGGAGGCCGAGAAGGCACUGAAUACUUUGGCUCUUGAACACUUUGCAUUACCUGGUGAUCCGACGUUCCCAUUGAAUGCUCUGUUCGCUCCAGCUAGAGAUAGGAACGAGGCAGAUACUCUUCGACAGUAUAUCAGCCAAAUUAGACAAGAGCUUACUAUUAGACUGUUGUCGAGGGUAUACUUUGACUCAGCGACUACCCCGUCGAAGUGGUGGCUUAGCUUUACGAAGAGGAAGUUUAUGGGCAAGAACUUGUGA